UGAUAUGAUCCCAAUUGGAUCAAUCGUGAAGUUGGAAUUGCUUGAGGAAGAAGGAAUUGAAGUUGGGAAGAAGAAUGGAGGAAAAUGGUUAAGUAUGGAAUCCAGUUUAAGGAGGCUACUUUGGAGGCUCAUAUCUCUCAAACCAGUUGUUGGAAAUGAAGGAUCAAAGCAUCAAUGUGAACUUUAAGACUUUAUGAGCUCAUUGAUAUGUCAUGGAGCUCGAGGAGGUUCCAGGAAGUAUAUUUUUCAAGUC